UGAUUCCCGCAACACAGAGCAACACGGUCACGCCGACCACGUCCACAUCUGGGAGCACCACCGCCAUGACAGGCUCCACCAGCCCCAUGUUCUCCUCCUCCUCAGUGAGCACCAUGAACGUCAGCACCAACUUUUCGUCAACCGACAAUACAACCAUGACAAUGACCACAGCUACAACCACCACAGCUACAACCACCACAGUAAAACCAGUACCCGAUAUAUCCCACAAUACAGACCUUGCCAUGAAUGUCCUCAACUUUACAGUAAGCAACGACAAUACGUCAGACAUCCAAUAUCUGAACGCCAAUUUGACCAGAGAACAGCUUCUCACUAUGUUGAAUGCCCAGUUCCGACCUAUCAGCUUUAGCACCGAACUGAUACAUGUCAACACCAGCCAGAUGCCAGCCGUGUAUGUCCUGAGGGUCAUGUUCCUGCAGAAGAACACCGUAAACAACACGCAAGCUCUUGGCGGUCAAAUUAACAGCGCCUUGAGAAAUUUGGAGAACAUGCCGGACUUUAAUACGCCCAACCUCAAUGUGACUUCAACCAGAGUUAGCCAGUUCCUCAAUUCGACGAUGGAUGUGUGUUCAGCUGUGAACAUCUGUCCUGUAGACUACACAUGUCUGGUGGAUGGCUGCCGACAGAUGUGUCGGGACAAAACCUGCAGCUCACACGGCACGUGCUACGUUAGUGUCACUGCCACUGGCACAGCCAAGGCCAUGUGUCAGUGUGACAGCGAAUACGCCACUGAAUACAUGGGAGACAACUGCGAGUACUCUCGCCAUGGACGUCUAGAGAUCAUCGCCAUCAUCGCUGGAGUGCUAGGCGCUGUCAUCCUUAUCCUCAUUGUCGUCAUCAUCGUCUUGUGCCUUAAAUACAACCGAACAUCUGCACAUUCCAAAUACAACGUGUCAUCGGCCGACUACAGCAACACUGCAUACGAUGGGGCCCAGCAGAAGUAA